AAGCGCUGAAGUCUAGUAUAAAGACUUGAGUGUUGCAGUAUAUAGAAACGCUGAAUAGAGAAAACGAAAGACACCCUCAUCCGGACACACUCACUCGAAUGGUAUUUUGUCUUCUGUCAUUGAGCGAUGUCGGUCACUGAUGAGCUACCAGACAUGGAUGGAACCGACCUGUUAGGGCUGCUGUUCCACGAUGGACAAGACGGAUCUACCGAGCCUCUCUUUCCUGACGGGAACGGGCUCAUUGAAUCCUGGCUGUCGGAACAAGAUAUGCUUACAGGCAUGGAUACUGAAGACUUUCUGUCCAGCUUGUUAGAUGGAGAUGACAAUAUGGAGACUAUCUGUCCUUCCCACUCUCCCUUGGGCAGUGACAGCGGCAUCUCUGAUGACAGCAGCACUGGGGCAGGAGUUGGAAACAACAACCCUCUGGGAUGCCCAAGUCCCCAGGGCAGUGAUAGUGACAUCGUCCCCAGUCCCAGUUACUCCCAGCCUAGCCCGGAGCACUCUGACCCUGUACACUUCUCUGGAGAGCUGCAGACAGAGAGCCUGGAGGCCUUAACAGUCCAAGCUGAUCACAGCUACUCUCUGCUGCAGAGUGGAUGCAGGGACAUGGAUUUCCUGCUGAGUGUGAGGGCAGAGAAGCCAGAUACAGAUGUCUUCAUUGAUCUGGACGACUUGGUGAGUGAAGAAAUGGAGAAGGACAUUACCAGUGAGCUGCCUUGCACUUUAGCCAUCGAGGACUCAGAACUGGAUUCUGUAGAGUCUGACAAAUCAGAACAGUUCCAGUUUAAAGAGAUUGUGCUCUCUGAGGAGGAGAAGCGACUUUUGUCGAAAGAGGGAGUAACUAUUCCAACACACAUGCCUCUCACAAAGGCAGAAGAGAGGACCUUAAAGAGAGUCAGGAGGAAGAUUCGUAACAAGCAGUCUGCUCAGGAAAGCCGCAAAAAGAAGAAGGUGUAUGUUGAUGGACUGGAAAACAGGGUUGCCAUCUGUACUGCACACAACCUGGAACUACAGAAGAAAGUCCAAAUGCUUCAGAAACAGAACAUAUCCUUGAUAGAGCAGCUGAGGAAACUGCAGUCUCUGGUGAAGAUGUCAACUUUGAAAGCGAGCACAACCAGCACUUGUGUUAUGGUGUUCCUGCUGUCUUUCUGCCUCAUCAUCUUCCCGUCAGUCAAUCCAUUUGGCAAAAGCACAGAAAACAAGGAGCUCUACACACCCUCCUCCAUCAUCUCCAGGACCCUGCGCUCACUGCCACCAGACAGCACAGAUGCCAUGUCCUACCAUGAGCCUGAAGACGAGGAGCUCAUCUUAGUGCCCCAAGCUGAAGUGGAGAAUGUUAAAGCCAUCUUCGCAGGUGGUCAGAAAAAUCACACUCCUGAUUACCAGAGGGUAGAGCAGUCUGACUCAGAAACUGGUGUCAACAGCAACUCCUCUGCAGACUUCCCCAGUCCUUCACAGGCUGCAGAAGUAAAGCCUGGAGGGUCAGCCGGUGGAGUAGGAGCUCUACAGGAAGGUUCUAUUGAUUCUGUAGUAGCAUCUGCUGUGGCGUAUGAGGUCUCAGGGUCUAAGGAUAACUGGAUAGACCGGAACCCUCCAUCUGUCAUAUUACCGCAGCACCGCUCAGAUGAGAUGUAGGAGGGAGAUGUGGGUUAGUAUAACCAGCAGAGGGAGACAUAUUCCUAAUCUAUUGGGUACCAGAGGGAAGCUUAAAUUUACAAAAAGGAGGAAGGGAAAAUACCCGUAAUUUUAAAGAUAUAGAAUCAGUUUGUCUGUGUCCCUUCUUUUCCCCUCAAUCAGCCUUCUGAUGUACUACUGUAACUUUAUUUGCACUUUGCUCUGAUUUCCUUUUUUCCACUGGACAGAAACAACUGAAAAGAGAAUUUUUAUGUUCUAGCAUUGAACUACUUAAAACAUGGAAGCUGCAAAAACAAAAAUACAAAAUACACCAUAAGAAUGGUAAUAGAUUACUUCAAGAGAAACAUUACCUGAUGGCAAUUAUUAUGAAUCACCAAAAUCCAGGGAGAGCUUUGUUUCACUCUAGUCUGUGUGAUUGUUUCCAACAGAUUCGGAUGUUAAAUGUAACGUGUUUAUGAAUUACUCUCCAAAAGUGAAAAAAAAUGUAGUCCAAUAGUUUGCAUGGCAAACUAGCCACCAACACCCAUUGCACAGUAGGAAAUAGGCUGCUUAAUCUCAUGAAGCUUGAUUGAAGUGGUUGUUUGACCACCGUAACGCUUAAGCCAUUGCAGGACAUUUGGCCAUAUAGAAGACUUGUAAAGUUUGUUAGUAUUUCCCUUGUAACAAGGGUAUCCAUGCUCCUUUUAAUUUGGAAUGCUUUGUUUUUAUGUUGUACAGUAAAGCAAGAAAAAAUGCCACUUUGCCAUUGUUAGCUGACCCCAGUCUACCCCUGCUACCCCCUCUUUUACUACUUCAUGGCACAGUUCUUAUCUUUAUACAUGUAUGAAAUACGUUGGCACUUGCGUGCACAUGGUGCGGAGCUUGAUAUAAUUGCUCAGUAAAAUGUGUUGCAGUAAAUAUACUCAAAAGUGUAAUGAACUGUUUUGUCAGUGAGGCAUUUUUGUCAUUUCAUGUGUAUUUUUUAUGUUACUGUCAGUAAUAAUGGAAUCUAAAUGGUAUUGGAACUGCUGUUUGUAAUAAUCGACAGUCAAUGAGAUUUUAAAUGUUGAUAAUGUUAAUGAAAGGCACUGACAGGUGACACAGUCCAAUAAUGGAAUGUAAAUAAACUUAAGCGAUUGUAGCUCUUCUGUACAUUUUAAUUCUUUAUGUAUAAGACAUGUCUGGACAUCUAUAAUAAUAAACUUUUUAUAUAUCAAAAU